GGCCGCUCUAGGCGGCGACUUCGCUAGCGGGCCCCAGAACUCCAUGGUAGCUGGGCGGGGCCGUGACGCAUUUGGCGUGGCUGCAGGGUAGUCCGCGGCGGGGAAAAUGGCGGACGGGAAGGCGGGAGAGGAGAAGCCUGAAAAGCCGCAGCGAACUGGAGCCGCCGGAGGACCUGAAGAAGAAGCAGAAAAACCUGUGAAAACUAAGACUGUUUCUUCCAGUAAUGGAGGGGAAAGUUCCAGUCGCAGCGCUGAGAAGCGAUCAGCUGAAGAAGAAGUUGCAGACCUCCCAACAAAGCCUACAAAGAUCUCCAAGUUUGGAUUUGCCAUAGGUAGUCAGACGACAAAGAAAGCAUCAUCCAUAUCCAUCAAACUUGGAUCAAGUAAGCCUAAAGAAACUGUUCCAACUCUUGCUCCAAAAACUCUUUCAGUAGCAGCAGCUUUUAAUGAAGAUGAAGAUAGUGAGCCAGAGGAAAUGCCUCCAGAAGCAAAGAUGAGGAUGAAGAAUAUUGGAAGGGAUACACCAACAUCAGCUGGACCAAAUUCCUUCAAUAAAGGAAAGCAUGGAUUUUCUGAUAACCAGAAGCUAUGGGAACGAAAUAUAAAAUCUCAUCUGGGAAAUGUCCAUGACCAAGACAAUUAAUUAAAUGAUGUGAUUUGAAAUUGGGGUAUGGGGUGGGUGUAAAGUUAAAAGGAACAGUUUCCUUUUUUAAAGUAUGGUAUAAGACUAUCUUUGGAGCCGCCUUUUUUUUUUUUCUUUUUCUUUUUUCUUUUGUUUUUUUAAAGAUUGAGUAGCACACUAAUAAAUGAGAGUUUGAAAUUAAAGGUAAUUUAUGUUUUAUAAACAGAUUUCAAGACAUUUACUAAUUUUGUAGUUUCAUGUGAUUAGUUUCCAAAGAUUACAGAUAAUAAAUCAGAAAUGGUACCUUUUUAAGAAUUGCAUAUUUUUUUAGACAUAACUAUUAGCACAUUAAGAGGGAAGCAAAAAGUUAUUGUCUGUUUAAAACUGUAAACAGUUACUCUCCUAGCUUAUCUCCCUCAUUACCUAAACUGUCUGGCUCCGGAACAGCCUUAUAAAGAGGGAGUAUUGUAUUGAGAGGAAAUGUUACUGGACUAUUCACUCAGAGUAAAUUUAGGUAAAAUUAAAAUAUUCCUUUUUUCUUUAUGGCAUUUGUUUUGUUUCAACUUAUAUACUAGAUAUUGCAUUGCUAUCAGUGGAUAACAGGCGCUUAGCUCUUUUUUAAAAAAAAAAAAUUUUAUGUGAAGUAUUGAGUAUUUGAAAUAGCUCACUUCACCUUACUGGGUCUUGUCUCCAUUAGUCUUCAAACAACAACCAUUUGCUACCAAAGUAAAUCAGUAUUUUGAAUGUGCUUCUCUUGGUUUUUGUUUCUAGUUCCUGUAAGCAUUUCCACCAGAACUUGAGGCAAAUCAUAAGGAAGCUGUUUCUUUUAAAAUACAAACCACCACCAAAAACUUAAAUGUACAUACUGCUUAAGCUUUUGACUGGUUUUUAUUUCUUAAAAGGUUUAUAUACCAAAAGAAAAAAAAAUUUUAACAUUGUAUGAAGAUGGAAAGAGAAGAUGCACUUUCUGUAACCUUGUCCAAGCAUUUAAGUUACUUACUUGUUAAAUCAAUUUGAACUGAACUCACUACAGAAUUUCUUAUUAGUACAACUAUGUGGUUUAAGUGUAUUCAUACUCACCAGUGGCCUCAAAAGCACAUUUUAAUACUGAGAAUAAAAGGAAAGAAAAUGCAUCUUCAGAUACAUUAUAUAGAUCUCUCACUACAUAUACUGUUAAAUUUGUGUAUUGUAGGGUGUUUGUUUUGUAUUUUUGUAUUGUAUAUGGAUUCUUUUUUUUUAAUGUGACAGUUAAACCACAUCUUUAAAAGCAUAGUCACAGACAAAAGAAAUGAUUUCCUUGAAAACUGCAAUGUUAAAUUUGGAGGCAGCUUCAGACAGUUUUACUGGUGGUAAUUAUUCGCUGAGCUCAUUUAAUAGUAAUAACUCCAGAGAAGCAGCCUGUGGAUAUACCUAACACUUUGUUCACUCACAUUUAAGUUUAGAAUAAGCCCCAAGUAAAACGGAAAUGUAUAUAAUAGCACUAUUAGUUCUUACAAUUUAAUUAUAUCAAGAUACAUAAAUUUAACUUUUAUGUAGGCAAAGUAUCCAUUUUUGUCCAUUUUAAUGUUUGUAUAACAUUCCUCUCCUACAUAUUCUUUACUUGACCCAAAUGAAAUAUUAACAUAAGGUCAAGAUGAGGAGAGAGAAAUGACUGAGAUGAAUGUCUUUACUAAAAUACCAAUAAAUUUUGUCAAACCUAAUAGUUUUCUUAUUUUCUAUUCUACUUAA